AUGUCUGACAUUGAAAACAAGGUACGCGGAAUGGCGAUAAAGCCUGACGCAGUCGAGCAGGAACGAAAUUUUGCUAUUGAAGAUCGAGAAGAAGCUACAGGCGAGACCGAGCCUCACGAUUCUAUCAAGCAUGCUGGAUUGAGUGUACGGCCCGCUUCAGAACUUCCAGCUUCGUCCGGACCUUUAUUCAGCCCUGCAGAUCCUCUCUAUGCUCUCGAUUCCCAGCACUUGUCCUCAACUGGACGAUUGACGAUACGACAGAAAGCCGAGCACCACCGCCUUUUCGUGGAGGGCAGUCGACCUCUAAAGCGGAAGGCUCUGCACGACUAUCGAGACGCUGUAGAGCAGCCGCAGAAUGGUAUAAAGGAACUUGGCGAUAAGUGUCUGACUUGCAUCAAGAACAACAGAGCUUGUACCGGCACUGUGCUCAAGAAACGUGUGGCUAGAAACAAAACCACGUAUCGUUGUGAGACCUGCAUGCCGCAGGGAAGUGCACACUGCGGUAGGGCUUGCUACUGGAAAGACGCCAAGAAUAACGUCUUCACCUACGAAGAUGCCCAGGUCUUCCAUAAAGGUAUACGAAACCCGAAGAAUUCGCGACUUGGUCGGCAAGCUCGUGCUCUCGCCAAAAAGGGUCACCGGUCGUCACCCCAACUAACUUACGCGAUCGCCCUGCCAGUACCCACCGAUCGUGGACCGCAAGCUGUACCUCAGCCUGAAUGUCACGACUUGAAGGGCAAGCCUGGGUUGGCAUGUGAGGAAGCACAAGAAAGAGAUGAUCGAACCACCACAGACGAGGACGACGACAACGACGAGGACGACGAUGAAGAUGACGAUAGCAGUACAAUGCAACGACCAGAAACGACGUCCGAGCUCGUGGUCGACCAGAUAUUUCGAGAAAUCGAAUCAGAAGCACGAAAGAAGUCCAACUACAUUCGAACGCCAUCAGAAGCUGACAUCUAUUUCAAGAUGACUCAGCUGCUGUUUGCAAAGAAGAGUUCCAUGCCUCGAAGUAUUUAUGGAGCGGUUUGGCAGAAAUUACAGCUCGUUCAUGUCCAAUUUGUUCAUGGUGAGGUCGACGAUACCAACACCCGAUAA